AUGACAUUUGAAGACGAAUUUUCAAAUAACAGUUGUCUCGUGUUAAGUUUACAGUCUUCAACAUCUCGGAAGUCAACUUCAUCAGCGGAAAGAGAAGUUGAUUUACUGGUCAUGACAACUAUACACGAUAAAUACACAGAUAUCGACCAUCUCACCAACUGGACAUCAUUAUUCACUUCUGAUAGAGUUCGUCUGCUCUUCUUUCUACAAUAUGGCGACAUAAAAACAUGGAAGACAAGAUUUCCUGACGUUGAAAUCAUACCGCUUAAUUCCACAAUAAUUAUGUGCAAUAGUCCUUCCUUCAUUAGCCUUAAUGUGUUGUUUCAGACUGCCAAAAAAAUGUACAGAAGUCAUUUCUACGCGUAUGUUAAUGAAAACGUGCUGGUAUCAAAUCAAUUGUUGGUUACACUGAGUGAUUUAAUAAAUAGUUAUAAAGAUAUUGAGAGUGGGAAAUCGACAUUAUUAAUAGCAAGAAGUAGACUUGUAAAAGAUAAAAAUGUUGCCUUACAGCUUCUUCAAUCAAAUUUACAUUCCUCACAAAUUCAAUAUAGUAUGAGUGGUUUGAGUGACGUCUUUAUAACCAAUAGACAAUUUGAGUGGUCUAAUAUACCCAAUAUGAUUGCACAUCAGGAUUCUACCAGUCAAUUGCUACUGGCAAUUUCACGAAGAAAAAGAGUCGUUUUACUUGACGUCACGAAGUCGUCAAAUGUUGUUCGAAUACGUAAAAAGAAAACGAAGCCCUCCAGAUAUGUUAUGCGAUGUGAGAAAAACAUGGUAGUAGAAUCGGAUAUUGAUUCUGAAAUAUUGGAGACGUGUGGCAGUAUGAAGUGUGUUGCAUUGGAAACUACUUCAGAGAAUAGUAAAGUAAUUAUCAAACAAAGACAUACUGCCUCUGAAUGUUCUAUAUGCAAUUUUCAUCCCGAAGUUAAUGCACCGUGGCUUCCUUAA